AAACAACAGAUUCAGUGUGAGCUUACGGAAGUGGCAACAUCGUCACCUUUAUUGAAAGAGGCCGGUUUCCAUUUUGUGAAAUAUUCCACACGUGAAAAGUACGAGCUUCCUGUUAAUUUUUCAAAAGUUGUAUUACGAAGUAUAAAAAAUAUUAUAAAAUGCUAUCCGCCGCACGUGCCCUGAGUAGGAAAGCCCUCGAUUGCUCAAAAGUACAUUUUGACAAAGUAGGAAAUCGAAAUUUCAGCCAUUUAUUGAACAAGACAUCAUCUUUAUGUGCCCUAGGCCCAAAACACGAUGUACAUUUACGAAACAAAUCAGAGGGUGUCAAAGGGGCUGUUAUUGGAAUCGACUUGGGCACAACAAAUUCGUGUGUUGCCGUCAUGGAAGGAAAGCAAGCCAAAGUAAUUGAAAAUGCCGAAGGUUCUCGAACAACUCCUUCGGUUGUAGCAUUUACUAAAGACGGGGAACGUUUAGUUGGAAUGCCUGCAAAAAGACAAGCUGUUACAAACUCCGCAAAUACAUUUUAUGCCACAAAACGUUUGAUUGGCAGACGAUUUGAAGAUGAUGAAGUCAAGAAAGACAUGAAAACCGUUUCAUACAAAAUUGUAAGAGCAUCAAACGGGGACGCUUGGGUACAAGGCAGUGAUGGAAAAAUGUACUCCCCAAGUCAAAUUGGAGCCUUUGUCCUAGUGAAAAUGAAAGAGACAGCAGAAGCGUAUCUGAAUACCAAAGUUAAAAAUGCAGUCGUUACUGUUCCCGCCUACUUCAAUGAUUCUCAGAGACAAGCCACUAAAGAUGCAGGACAAAUUUCUGGGCUUAAUGUUUUGAGAGUAAUUAAUGAACCUACGGCUGCUGCUCUGGCAUAUGGAAUGGAUAAAACAGAAGAUAAAGUAAUUGCGGUAUAUGACUUGGGUGGUGGAACCUUUGAUAUAUCCAUCCUGGAAAUUCAAAAGGGUGUAUUUGAAGUAAAAUCCACCAACGGAGACACCUUCCUUGGUGGUGAGGACUUUGACAAUGUUCUUGUCAACUAUCUCGUAUCAGAAUUCAAAAAGGAACAAGGUAUAGACAUCACUAAAGACCCAAUGGCGAUGCAGCGACUCAAGGAAGCUGCUGAGAAGGCAAAGAUCGAACUGUCUUCUUCGCUUCAAACUGACAUCAACCUUCCAUACCUCACUAUGGAUGCAUCAGGACCAAAACACAUGAAUCUCAAACUCUCUCGCUCAAAAUUCGAAAGUCUAGUUGGGGAUCUCAUUAAAAGGACCAUCCAGCCUUGCCAGAAGGCUUUGAAGGAUGCCGAAGUAGCUAAGUCUGAUGUUGGAGAAAUUUUGUUGGUGGGUGGUAUGUCUAGGAUGCCAAAGGUUCAGAGCACAGUCCAGGAUAUUUUCGGCAAACAGCCCAGUAGGGCAGUGAAUCCUGAUGAGGCUGUAGCUGUGGGAGCUGCAGUUCAGGGAGGUGUUUUGGCUGGAGAUGUUACUGACGUCUUACUUCUGGAUGUUACUCCCUUAUCACUUGGAAUUGAGACCCUUGGAGGAGUGUUUACACGUCUUUACAUAAACUCCAUCUCUAUCCCCACGAAAAAGAGUCAGGUCUUCUCCACUGCUGCUGACGGACAGACCCAGGUGGAAAUUAAAGUCCAUCAAGGUGAACGUGAGAUGGCGGGAGACAACAAGCUUCUUGGUCAAUUCUCCUUGGUGGGAAUCCCCCCUGCCCCCAGAGGAGUCCCUCAAAUCGAGGUCACCUUCGACAUCGAUGCUAACGGAAUCGUACAUGUAUCUGCCAGAGACAAGGGAACUGGCAAAGAACAGCAGAUUAUUAUACAAUCUUCGGGAGGUUUGAGCAAAGACGAAAUCGAAAACAUGGUGAAGAACGCUGAACAGUAUGCACAGGCGGAUAAGGUGAAGAAGGAGAGAGUGGAAGCCGUGAAUCAAGCUGAAGGUAUCGUUCACGAUACGGAAACCAAAAUGGAAGAGUACAAAGAUCAACUUCCCAAGGAAGAAUGUGACAAAUUGAAGGAAGAAAUAACCAAAGUUAGAGAGCUGUUGGGCAAGAAAGACGACGUUGAUCCCGAAGAGAUGCGUAAAGCUACCUCAACGUUGCAGCAGUCUUCACUUAAACUAUUCGAAAUGGCAUACAAGAAAAUGGCCGCAGAACGGGAGGGAUCCAGUAGCAGUAGCAGUCAGGAGCAACAGAGCAGCGAGGAACCAAAAGAGAAAAAGGAGGAGAAAAAUUAAGUUUUCAGAACUCGAGUUGAAAACAUUCUAGUGUAAAAUUUUGUGAUGAAAUCGGUUACGUUUUGUUGAAAGGUGUGUUUACUUUAAAUCUAUCACCUUUGAAAACGUAUAUUACAUUGUUUUUCCAAUUGAAAUGAGCCAGUUUUUGUUUAUGGAGCUGUUUUGAUUAGGGAAAAUUCACAAUACUUGAAGCAGAACUGACUGAGAGAAUGAAUGCUGUAUGGAUUUGUUAUGUGUUGUUUUUUUAUAGUUCCGUAACUAUUUUUAUCUGAUAUGUAUUUCUGUUGAUUAGUACAAUAAAUUUGCUAUAUAAU